UUACAUUUAACUUUUGCCACAACAGCGAUUCUGCUGUUUCACUUAUCUACAAAUGUUGCCCUAUGGUUUUUUUUAUGGUCUUGAAAAUUGAUAGAACAUGAGUUAAAAAAGAUCUCCCAGUAAGAAGCUUUAUUUCGACAGACUGCUCUCAAACCGUGUAUAUGUAUUUUCACAACACGGAUUAUACGCGUGUAUAUAUUACCCUGCUUGUGUUUAUAGAUUGGAUGUGGUUCAAUACUUCUUUUAACAUCACUUAAGGAUAAUUUUGUGCGUCGUGUAACCUGAUAUGGUAUAAAGAAAUACAUUAAUGUUCCUACUGAUCGUUUUCACGCUUUUGAAAUAUGGGAAAGGUCGUUAACUCAGGAACACGGAUUCAUAAGCCGAAAACUGUAAGUUAGAAUAGGAUCUACGAGUAAUACAGAAAUUCGUAUUGAACGAUGAAUUAUGAUCUUCAAGUACUUUAAGUAAGGAUUUUCUGAUGUUUUUUUUUUUUUUUGGUUAACGAGACUUUCAAUUUAUUCUCUGAGUUUUCAGAGGGUUAAUAUGACAUAGGGAAUAGCAAAACUUCAAAUCCACAAUAAUACCGAAGCAAAGUUUUCAAGGUUCUUUCAGUGUUUUGACUUCAUUGUUUCGUAUAUCAGGAAGGAUUGUGAUUACCAUGGUUAGUGCACAACUACGACAGAUUUCCAUGUACGUCAACUGUACUUAGAAACCGACGGUCAAAUAUGACUUCAAGAAAAUGCUGUACCGAUGACUUUUCAACGUUACCAUGGAGACUUAGAUGUAUGUGUAUAUUUUCUAUUCUACUUGGCACUUUGUUUAUCGUUUUAUUACCAAUAUACUUUUUUGUCGGUUUUGGUUUAAAUGUUAAAGGAUUUUCCCCGCUACUUGUUACACAUGAUAAAAAUAAGCACGAUUGGAAACCGGAAUGUUUAAAAUCUGCGAACUUGAUGUCCUUAAGCCUUGUAGACUGUUUUCCGGAGACUACGUUCGUAACUGAAGAGCAAUGCGUAAAUCGAGGAUGUUGUUGGACAGCUAACAUGAAAACUCGUGAAUCAGCUUUCAGAAGCCUGUGUGAAAAACAACAGUCAAGUUUAGUGCCAAAGUGUUUUUAUCCCAGUAACUACGGCUAUCAUGUGUCUGGAAAAGUUACCUCAUUUUACGAAGGAUUCGAAAUUCCCCUCUCCAGAAUACCAUCUCCAUCUAGAUACGGGGAUGACAUAAGAAAUCUACGUGUACGUGUAGAACGACAAACAUUCUACAGACUACGAAUAAAAUUCUAUGAUCCAGCCGAUCAACGUUACGAAGUUCCAGAUCCACAAAUACCAGCUAAUCCAGCUUUCGAGUUUUACAAUACAAAUCGUCGUCAAGCGCCAUUGUAUGAAGUCACGUAUAACAUCACCGAAGUGCCAUUCGGAAUUAAAAUUCGAAGAUCAAAUACAGGGUCUAUCAUUUUCGACACAAAAACAGCUGGGUUCACCUUUUCUAACCAGUUCCUUCAAGUCACCAUAAAGUUGCCUUCUCUUCAUAUAUACGGCCUACAAGAAGAUGGAAAAAUGAUAUACCGAAUGAACCAAAAGCAAAAACCAUCAACCGAAAGUUCGAGGUUUCAUCCAAUGUACAUGUGUAUUGAAGAGAACGGUGACGCUCAUGGAGUUUUGCUUUUCAACAGCAAUGCAAUGGAAGUAGAAGUUUACUCAAGCCCACUUCUGACUUUUCGGACGACUGGAGGGGUUCUAGAUUUCUAUAUUUUUAUGGGACCAAGUCCAGAAAACGUAGUCCAACAAUAUACAGAGUCGGUAGGUCGUCCGUGGAUGCCACCGUAUUGGGCCCUUGGGCUUCAUCUUGGGCUCUACCCUGAACAGAAAAAUGCUAAUUUACAAGAAACAAUUUUGGAGCUACACAGAAAACAAAUACCGAUGGAUGUGGCACAUUUUUACCUCGGAUUCAGCAGCAAGGACUUCGACUACAGUCACUUGAAGAACCUACAUUUUGUCCAGUUAACCAAACAAAUACAUAAAAAACAUUUAAAGAUCACUCUUAACCUCAGUCCUGGAAUACUCAGUGGUCAACCAAGUGGGACCAACCCAGCGUAUGAUGUUGGAAUCGAGCGAGGUGUUUUCAUUAAUAGUUCUUGGGGUCAUCAGCCCCUGGAGGGAAAGAAUUGGCGUGGAAAAGUUGUAUUUCCGGAUUUCGGGAACUCCAUCACUCAGAGGUGGUGGGUGAAGAACAUAGAGAACUUGCACAAGGAGAUAAAGUUUGAUGGAUUGUGGAUUACAGAUAACACUCCUACUAACAACGUGGAUGGGUCAGUUAAUGGCUGUUUUCGAGACAAUCUAAAUUAUCCACCCUAUAUACCUGCUAGAAAAAGACAGCUGUUUGAUUCUACACUUUGUAUGGACGCAUGGCAGCUGUGGGACAAAGUACGGCACCAAUAUUAUGACUUGUAUAACCUCUAUGGACAUUGUAUGAGUAAAGCUACAGCAUACGCACAAAAGGUGUUGUUCGAAAACAAACGAUCAUUUGUAGUGACUGAGGCGACAUCCGUUGGUACAGGAAGCUAUGCAGGCCAUUGGAUACAAUUCAAUUUUUCUCGCUGGAGCGAUUUGAAAGUAGCACUACCAAUUGUUUUUGAAUAUGGACUUUCUGGAAUACCUUACGUGGGGAUAAAAUUGUGCAGUAGAAAUCCCAUUCAAGAAGAGGACUUGUGGUUGCGAUGGUUUGAACUUGGGGCUUUCUUUCCCCUAUUCGAAAUUUGUUUUACACAUGACGAUUUGAUGUACAUAUUUUACUGGGAGCUGAGUAAAAGUUUUGUUGAUGUACUACGGCGUGUCACCGAACUUCGGUAUGAACUCUUGCCGUUCCUGUAUACACUAUUUCAUCACGCUCACACUAGAGGGACAACAGUCGUCCGCUCUCUGGUACAAGAAUUCCCUGAUCAUAGCAUCACUUCACGGAUAAAUACACAGUUUUUAUGGGGGUCGUCCCUAUUAUUCACUCCUAUUAUGGAAAAGGGAGUAAAUGAAGUGAAAGCCUUUUUCCCACAAGGGUUAUGGUAUGAUUAUUUCACAGGAGAACGGCUGGACAUUGGAGAAAAUGGUCAAUGGAAAUCCCUUAGAACUUCUCUGUACAAUAUCACUAGACCAGUAAACUUGCAUCUUCGAGGAGGACAAGUCGUGGUGAAUCAGGUACCUGCUAAUAAUACUGCUUUCAGUCGUCGAAAUCCCAUGAGAUUACUGGUGGCAUUAGAUAGAAGGAGAACAGCUCGAGGAGAUCUGUUCCUGGAUGAUGGAGAAACUUUAGACUCGUACAAAUCAGGAGAUUUCUUAUACAUUAUUUUUACUGUAGCUCAGAACAAAUUAGUUAUAAAGGCUCAUCAAGUGAAACAAGCGUUCUUGACAGACUUUGAUCAAGUGUAUUUGAAUCAAGUGACAAUAUAUGGGCUUCCGGCGCUUCCUCCUACUGUCACUAUCAAUGGUGGAUAUUCUCUUACUCGCAGACACCUCAUGUGGAAUUCAAACUUUAAAGUUUUACAAAUACAGCACAUAAUCAUUCCUGUUGCUUCAGUAGCUGGAAAAACAGAAAUUUCUUGGAAAUGGAAUUAAAACUAUGAGAAGCUGGCAAAAUAAUUACCAGAACUGUCUUAUGAAGAACUGUUUACCAUGACCCCUGACCAAGUGGAGCUGGAAUGUUGUGCUUGGAAAUAGGGGCCAUUAUGUUUGAUUAAUAAUAAAUUUAAGAAUCUUAACAUUUAUCAGUGCUGCAUGUCAGUUUUAAAAGAAAAAGUACCCAAGCACUCUGAAAAAAACAAGUACAAAUAAAGCACAAAAAUGUUCCUCUCCUGUUAAAACAAUAUAAAAAUUAAAUCUGUCUUACCAUACAUACCUAGCUACUGGAAGAUCUUUUCCUAAGAAAAUUGCAAAUUGUCUACUAGUGUAUUUUCAUAUUGAAAAAAAAGCAAAUGUACACACUUCAUACACCAGAAAAAUACUUGUUACUAAAUGUAUUGUUGCACAUAAUGUUUGAAAUAUGUGUAAUUAUAAUGCAACAGUUAUUCUUUCAACAUUUUAUAAUGCAGUUGUAUAUAAAAUAUUGACCAUAAUUAUAAAGCAUUGAAAAAGUAUGAAAAAGUAAAAUAUCCAAUAGAGUAUAAAGUGGGCAGCACUGACUUUUAUACAUAUAUUUGUGAAUGUAGGUUGUAGGAAAUAUUAGUUUCUUAUGAUCAAAAAUAAUGUUAUUAGUUUUAUC